CGGCGUUGAGCCCGAUCAGCAAGGGGAUUCUAGGCUGUCGCUGCCGUGGUCAGCCUGCCAAAAGCUUCUACCCGUAGGCAACGCGGCAAAGCUGGUGGGUGUACAAAACGCGCCCGACUGCCCCGCUAUUCGGCGCUACCUCCAUCCCGCCUCCUGACCACCCCAUCACCCGUCCAAGCCCGAGGAUCACCACAAGCCGACCCGCCUACACUCCUUCAUCCUCACGAACGUCAUGGUAUGCAAAACCUGCAAAGGUCUUCAAGAGUCGGACCCAGCAUCAUCCGUGGAAUGGGUGAACACCGGCCUGCCCAGCCUACGGCAGUCCUCGACCGGAGGCUGCCGCGCAUGCACUCUUCUUCUGCAAGGAAUUCUAUUACAUCACGAUCGGUUUGCCGGCGUAAAGGAAGAGAGCAUCCAUGUCGUCGCCCAGUCUUUUGACCCCACAUCAGGGAAGAACGCGCAAGACCAUCUCUCGGUUGAGGUGAGGUGGAAAGAGGCGGGCGAUGGGUGCUGUGCGGCAGGAGAGCACAAGCACGAUGACGGCUAUCCGGAUUUGAAGCUGGAGUUCUUCACCGAUCAAGAUGGCCAGUCGUCAUUCUCUGCUAUCGGACGCGGACGCCAUAUUUCGGAGAAUCCUUUACAGGACGCAGGCCUCUCCGCAGCGCGGAGUAUGAUCAACACCUGUCUUUCCAGCCAUUCCAGAUGCAGACAUAUCAAGCCGACAACUUUGCCGAGACGAGUGGUGGAUGUCUUGCUGGAUGACCCGGCGAAGGGCGUCAGACUGCAUGAGUCCGAGUUCGACGACGAUGAGCAGCGAUACGAAUACGGAGAGUAUCUUGCACUUUCACAUUGUUGGGGCACCGGCCGAGGAAUACCGAAGACGACCAAGAAAACACUGCAAGCCCACAAAAAGCUCAUCCCAUGGGCUUCGCUGCCGAGAACCUUCCAAGAGGCUGUUGUGCUAACAAGAUCACGCGGCUUUCGUUAUUUAUGGGUAGAUUCGCUCUGUGUCGUGCAAGAUGACCCUGCCGAUAAGCUAGAGGAGUCACUAAGCCUGGACGAGAUCUUCGGUAACGCAUUUCUCACCAUGGCAGCCACGUCUGCAGCAGACAGCAGUAAGGGGCUAUUCCAGCCGAGGCCACAACCCUUCAAGAUCCAAGCCACGGACAGCAAAGGAUCGCUGUCCAAGAUCUAUGUACGAGAACAACCUUCCCACUACAGCUUCAAGGCGCCGUUUAACGAGGGGGCUCACAUGAACGAUUGGGAGCUUCCCUUCAAUACUUCCGAGGAAGCGAAUCUGCAUACGCCUUUGCUGAAGCGGGCCUGGGCCUACACUGAAAGACUGCUCUCUCCACGAGUGCUACACUUCACAAAGAGCGAGAUGAUAUUAGAAUGUAGGGAAGGAUACCAAUGCGAAUGCGGCAGGAUCGACAACUCCACGUACGAUUCUAGAACGACCGACUCCGUCAAGCAAGAGUUCGCGAGGGUCGUGGCUGAAUGCGUUAGCCGCGGAGAGACGGCGAACAGCAAUGGCAACGAUAGGCGAAUCGAUAGCGUCGCGUCUCAGCUAGCCGCAACAUCGCUCGCCGACGUGGCGCGGGAUCUGAAUCGGAACCGAGAUGACGCUCUUCAACUGUGGAGCUACAUCGUCACCGAAUACACAGCACGGAACCUCACAUACGAUGCCGAUAGACUGGUCGCUAUUGCAAGCGUGGCAAAGGCGCUCUUCGAGACGCUUAAAUCGGGCUACAUUGCAGGACAGUGGACGUGCAGUACGCUUGGCAUGCUUUGGUAUCCGAACGACAGCAUGCAUUGCCGUCGGCCGAAAGCAAAUGCAGGACAAAAUGUACCGACUUGGUCUUGGGCGUCAGUGGAGGGCUCACCGAUCUUCUUUGACAACUCAUCUGCGAUGGAUCUAGCGUGCAACUUCUCCGUUCCAUCUGGGGCCGCCUGGUCACCAACGACUGGCGACAGGCUUGAACUGACAGCAAGCAUGGCGACCGAAGUAACUUUCCGCAUCGACUCGGGAACCGAGUUCUCGCUUGUGAAGAACGGCGUCAGCGCGGAGUUUCGGCCAGAUGUCAUUCCGCCACGGGGCGAAGAUGCAAUGGAAACAGGAGACACGCUCCUCUGCGUCUUCGCCAGCAUGACGUUCCGUUCUUCGAUCAUUGGCCUGGUGCUGAAGCAGUCAAGGUCCAACACACAACUGUAUCGGCGAGUCGGUCGCUUCGAGUGCUAUGAAUGUCAGCGAGAUGGCAGCGACGAAGAGCCAGAGGACGCCGAGUGUCUGUUUGAGUACUGGUUCCCAGAAGUUGAGGACAUGACGCAGCUUGAUGACGGCCCUCAGCGGACGUUCAUCGUUGUUUGACCGGUCUCCUAUUCUCCUUUCGUUCGUAUUCGGUCUGCUUUCCAUGCUGGUUUUCGGUCGCAGCCACCAUGAUACCAAAUCGAGCCUUUUUUCUCCUCUUCCACGGUGAUUCAACUCCGCCAAUCAUAUUUUCUUCUCUUGCUUGUCAAAGUUCGAACCUAGUUCACUACCCUUUUAGCAUGGCGUUAACAUUCUAAUCACAUGAUUCUC